UUAUCGGCGACUCAGAUAGUCAUAUAAUACAACUUGAAUUGCCCUUUAAACCGCCGCGUUUUCACGUUCUCUUCUCCACUCCGUCGCCGUUUUCACCACCCCGGCGAUUCCCCGUCGCGAUCGCCAUGGCCGCGGCGAGGGGCUCCCUCCCCGGCGCUUCGCGAAGCAGCAGCAGCAGCAGCAGCAGCAGCUUCUCCCGCGCCGCCCUCCCCUCCUCCCCUUCUCCCCAUCCUCCGCCGCCGCAGCAGUCUCCCUCCCCCGGCGUCAAGCUCGGCGGCGGCGGCGGCACCGCGUUCGUCUCUACCGGGAUCCCCGACCUCGAUAGGAUUCUGGGCGGGGGAUUCCUCCUUGGAUCAGUGGUAAUGGUGAUCGAGGAUGCUGAUGCGCCGCACCACCUGCUCCUCCUUCGCAGCUUCAUGUCACAGGGCAUCAUGCACCGGCAGCCGCUUCUGUUUGCGGGGACAUCGAAGGAGCCGAGGGCGUUCCUCGGCACGCUUCCGUCUCCGGUCUCCUCCUUGGCCUCGUCAAAGGAGGAGAGGCAGCGGCGAGGGGCAGCGGGAGCAGAUAGUAGUGCACAAGAUCAGGAGAAGAAUUUGAGGAUUGCGUGGCAGUAUAAAAAAUACUUUGGGGAGCAGAAGAUUGGGGAGACUCAGAACAGAGACAUUGAGCAGGAGUACAGCAAUGAUUUUGACCUGCGGAAACCUCUGGAAAGACAUUUUCUUAAUGCCCAAGAAAUUGAUUGUGUAAGCAUUCAAGAUGCCAGCAGUCUUGCUAUUCUCCAUGAUCACGUUUCGUCCUUUUUAUCCAAACUUCCUCGAAAAGAUGGUGGCUUCCUAAAUGCUGGUCGGAUUGCAAUACAGUCACUCUGUGCACCACAGUGUGGAUAUUUUGAAAAGGAUUGGGAUAUACUUUCCUUUAUCAGGUCUCUGAGAGCAAAGAUACGAUCUUCUAAUGCAGUUGCCGUGAUUACUUUCCCGGCUUCAGUUCUUUCGCAUUCCUUCUCCAAGAGAUGGCAGCACAUGGCCGAUACACUGCUGUCUGUUAGAGCAAUUCCUGAUGAGGACAAGGAUUUGGGAAAGCUACUUACCGGAUAUCAAGAUAUGCUUGGCUUUCUACACGUGCAUAAGGUGGCUCAGAGUCAUACUCAGGUUCCUCUUAUACUAGAGGCUUCUACAUACUCUUUAAAGCUGCAAAAGCGAAGGUCGUUGGUCCUGGAGCAAUUGAAUCAAGCUCCGGUAGAGGCUUCAAGCGGCACUUCGUACGCCACGUCCGGGAGUUGUUCCUCAUCGUCAAAAGGUUCACCACUCGAUUUCUAGUUCUAGCAUCUUUAGCUGACGCCGAAGAUCAUUAUGCAGAAUGCUGAAGCAACGCCUUAAAUCCUUCUUCAUAGAAGAACCCUUUUUAUUUGCUGUUAACAUCUUUCUAGCUACAAUUGCAAUACUGCUAAUGUACCACCUAUUUCGGAAACAAUUGAGGCAAUGCGUGUAGUUUGGUAACAUUUGUAUUAGACGUAAUUUAUUUAUGUACAUACAAGAGUUAGAAACAAGAGAAAGAGAGUGAUUUCCCGAUUCUUGUUAUUACAACAAUGUUUGUCUCAUACUGUUUCGGUCUUUCAGAGGGUUUGCAACCAUUCUUUUUUUCUUUGUUAUCAAACUCAGCAUGAGAUUUCAGAUUGUAAAGCAGUCUCUCUGCACUCCAGUAGCAACUAGUAGAGUUGUAUACUUUUAUAUGAAGUUGAGCGUUUUGGUUA